GAAAAGCCCCGCUACUUUCCCCUCGACCUCCUCCCAAUCUCCGAUUCCCCACACCUGUCGUCACACUUCUCAUUUUCUCCCGACCAAGAGCGCCGGCGACCCUGCUUUUCUUCCUCCUUCGGACCAAGUGCGUCACCGGUCCAGCUCCUCUUCCUCUUCCUGGCACGCGCGCCACCGUCCCCGCGCCUCCUUCCUCCUCCUGGCACGCGGGCCGCCGUCCCAGCGCCUCCUUCCUCCUCCUGGCACGCGCGCCUCCAUCCCCGCGCCUCCUUCCUCCUCCUGGCACGCGCGCCGCCGUCCCCGCGCCUCCUUCCUCCUCUUGGAACCUGUGCCGCCGCCCCCGCGCCUCCUUCCGCCUCCUAGCACGUGCGCCGCCGCCGCCGCACCUCCUUGCUUCUCCUGCCAUGCGCGCCGCCGCCCCGACCUUUCCUACCGCACUCUCCUCCCAGGCUCCUGUCGCCGCCCCGCCCACAUCACGACCAGCUCCGGCCACUGCCGCGCCCCCAUCUCCCCCGGCUCCCACACCGCCACGCAUCUCGUCCUGGUGGGGCACCAUAACCGGACCACCCCAGUCCCCAGGUCGUUCAACGCCACCACCCCAGUCCGUUCAUUGCAGCAACACCCUGGAUCCAGCUGCCGCCAUGUCGUUCCCACAACGACGUUCGAUGGAGCACCUCGUCUCUCUCCUGCUGCAGGGAGGCCCAACUACUGCACUGUGGAGGGUACUGCCGGAGAUAAGUAGUAGGCGGCAAAGUGUUUUGAGGCAGCAAACAAGACGAGGCAUAAAGAUGACGGGCAGGUAUGAGCAGCGAGCUGCUACUGCAAUUGUGCGGCUACUUCCGCGAAUGAAUCCAGCUAGUUAUAGCUAUAGCGCCAAGCCGUUCGAUGCCGCAGCUCGGGAGGCCGCCUCCUUUGACAACUCCUGAUCUCCGGAACAGCCAUGGCUCCCUGCCGGCACAACUCGCUGUCGACGACCUCCUUUGACAACUCGCCUUUGAGGCCCACCAGACUCACACGACGAUGCUGGCCGUCCACAGCCAACACCACAGGCCGUUCACAGCCAGCACUCAUGUCCGCUCUCAAAACCACCCCAAAGUGCAGACCGUACAUGAGGACAGGGCGAGUGAUGGACUUGAAGGAUUUCAGUCAAUCAAGCUAGUUGUCGAAAAGGUAGUGUUCGCCGUCGACGGUGCUGCCAUUUGAGUUUAUGGCUCUGCCAUGGAGGCUUCCUGGAAGUUUCUCUGUUUCCAUGUACGGUGUCGGUGUUCCAUGACAGCGGCCGUGACGCGUGAUGUUCCCUGGUUAAGAUUGGUUUACUUUGGCUCUCACAGUAGGAGGACAGGCACGGUGUGCAUUCAGUCUCAGAACCUGAAACUAACCUGACUGAGGUGCCAUUCAGUUUUCAGUGAUAAGCUCCAUUUAUUUACUAGUAGUUUCACCUUAUUUUUUGAAUUAAAAAGAACAAAACUUAACUAGUUUGACCACCGUGUGACCGCCAAGCACAAGGAAGGAAGGGCCACCGUCUGAGGCGACGCGUACAUAUGUACACCCAGGAGUCAGGACAGGACACAACAUCCGACGCGGCGUACGUACUACACUGAGGACUCCCUCGUCACCGAUAAAGACAAGAAGACCGGCAGCAUCCUCAUCCAGUUUGUAUAAAUUCCCAUCGAGCAAGUGUGUACGGCGAGCGGCUACUGAACUUGUGCGGCUGCUGCUUUUGGAUUGCCCAGGAAGCACAUCAUUAUAGAAGGCAAAAAUCUGUAACAUAUAUGUAACGCCUUGGAUCCGAUGCGCCAAGAGUCCGUCAGUUAUUCGUCGUCGUUGUCAUGUCA